AUGGUGAUGCUAUCACAAUACCAAAACAAACCCAUUAAUCUAUCCAACAAAUGGAACAAAAGUACUAACUUUACAGGCAUCCCGGUGAUCGAUCUCUCAUACCCUGAUGAUGCUAAGAACCUCAUGGUCAAAGCCUGCCAAGACUACGGUUUCUUUAAGGUCAUAAACCAUGGUGUGCCACUUCGGCUCGCGACAGAACUUGAAAACGAAACCAUGAGGUUCUUCAACAUGAGCCAGUCCGAGAAAGACAAGUAUUGCUCUCCAAGUCCGUUUGGGUACGGUACCAACACGAUUGGACCAAAUGGAGACGUUGGCUGGGUUGAAUAUCUUCUCUUUGCUUCCAACAAUAUUCCCACACAUAGCAAAACCUUCUCGUCACUAGCAAAAGAGUACGUGGAGGCAGUGAGAAACCUGGGGUGUGAAAUACUUGAGUUAAUGGCAGAUGGCUUGAAGAUAGAGCCCAAGAGUGUGUUAAGCAGGAUGUUAAGUGAUGAGAAGGCUGACAACGUCUUCAGGCUAAACCACUAUCCACCCUGCCCUAACCAUCCAUCCACCAGAAAUGGCUGGAACCCAAUUGGAUUUGGUGAACAUACAGACCCACAGCUUAUAUCUAUUGCAAGAUCCAACACCACUUCAGGCUUACAAAUCUGUCUGCCUGAUGGAACAUGGGUUCCGGUCCCACCUGACCACACCUCUUUUUUUAUCAACGUUGAUGACUUAUUACAGGUGAUGACAAAUGGAAGGUUCAAAAGUGUAAAGCAUAGAGUGAUCAUUGCAGACAGAAUGAAGUCAAGGGUUUCAAUGAUAUACUUUGGAGGUCCUCCAUUGAUGGAGAAGAUUUCACCAUUAGGAUCAGUCAUGGAACCGGGUGAAGAAAGCUUGUACCAGGAGUUCACUUGGUUUGAGUACAAAGCAUGCACCUACAGGACCAGGUUGGCUGAUGAUAGACUUUCCUUCUUUCAGAAAGGGUCUCAUCCCUUGGUUUGAAAAAGUUUCUGAAGUCAACCAUGUGACUUCGUGUAUAUAUAUGUCGGUUGUCUUUGAACUUUAGUAGCUUAGGAUAGACAAUGUUCUUUCUUUUUUUCAUUGAAGUCAGUUGUA